AUGACUUUCAGCACAACUCUAACAAGAGCAUUGGGCAUUACACUUCCCGUUGUUCAGGGUGGAAUGCAAUGGGUCGCCUACGCUGAACUUGCUGCGGCCGUCAGCAACGCUGGAGGCCUUGGAAUCCUAUCAGCUCUCUCCCAACCCACCCCGGAAGCCCUUCGGACAGAGAUACGACGAUACCGAUCAAUGUCACACAAGCCAUUUGGGGUGAACAUAACGAUGCUACCAGCUCUUAACCCCCCUGAUUAUCUCGGGUACACAGAGGUGAUACUUGAAGAAGGGGUUCGUAUUGUUGAGACAGCAGGAACUAACCCGGCACCUAUUAUCGAACCCCUCAAAAAAGCCAACGUCACCAUCCUGCAUAAGUGCACAUCGAUUAGACAUGCUAAGUCCGCUCUCAAACUUGGGGUGGAUUUCUUGUCUAUAGACGGUUUCGAGUGCGCAGGCCAUAUUGGGGAGAGCGACAUCACCAAUCUAAUUCUGUUGAGCCGUGCAAGACAAGAGCUUGGUAUCCCUUUCAUUGCAUCUGGCGGCUUCGCAGAUGGUUUUGGUCUAGCUGCUGCCUUAGCGCUUGGCGCUGAGGGUAUCAAUAUGGGAACACGGUUUAUGUGUACAACGGAGGCACCAGUGCAUCAAAACGUGAAAGAUGCAAUCGUCAGAGCCCAAGAGACAGACACGGCACUUGUCCUCAGACGGUGGAGGAAUACUUCACGACUAUUUGCAAAUAAAGUUGCCAAGGAAGCCCUACGGAUCGAGAGGGAGAGCAAAACUGGUGAUUUCGAUGAGGUUGCAUCGUUGGUCAGCGGCAGAAGAGGGAGGCAGGUGUUCAUGAAUGGCGAUAUCGACUACGGGGUAUGGACCGUUGGUCAAGUCAUCGGACUGAUUCAAGAUGUCCCAUCCUGCGCAGAGCUCCUUGCAAGGAUUGAGAAGGAAGCAGUGAAAGCCAUGGAAAAAUCCACAUCGUUGUACAAACUGUCGCAUGAACCCAAGGUCUGA